AGCACUGGUGAUAGUUUCAAUGAGUGUUUUAACUUGCCUUUUUAUCACCGCCAUUGCGGCAUCUGCGUCCGCUGUUUAUUAUCCACCAUUAGCUCCCUCAGACGUUGAGGAGUCAAACUUUGCCUACCAGCUGAAAAGUUUCCGACAACAGUUGGAUGAGUGUGCUGAAUACCUGCAAGUUUCACCAGGAUCCGUAGAAAACCUUGUGGCUUACAAUUAUGUUACGGAUGAUCCCAGUUUGAAGUGUUUGAUUCGAUGUGCCGGUAUCAACGGAGGAUGGUGGAGUGUUGGAGGAAACAACUCGGGAUUGCAACCACCAGUUAUCGAGAGCUACUUUGCCCCAGCUUGUGAUGAUACUUGUUAUGCCAAGCGUACUCAAGACUGUCUCAGUGCCAAUGUUGCCCCAUGCCAAGACGAUUGCACUCAGGCUUACCAAUCCUUCUUGUGCUACUACCAUCAAUAUGGAAACCUCAAGAGUUCCGAAGAGUACAUCCCACUGCCACAGCUGGAUGCCGUGCAAGCUGCUAUUGAUUGCAUGUUGAUUUUGCGCACACCCAAGGAAUUGCUUGAACAGUAUGUCCAGGGAGUCUUUCCAGAUGUACCGGAAACCCAGUGUUUAUUCAGAUGUCAAUAUCUGGCUGAAGGACUUUACGAUGGAGUUACUUUUAACUUAACUCGGGACUACAUUCGUGAAUACGCCGUUCCAUCGCCACAAAUCAAGGAUCCAGCUACCCAAGCAUGUGUGGAUAGUGCUCUCUCUUCUUCAAGCUGCAAUGAAUGUGCUCGUUUCUGGGCAGGAGUUGACUGUUUGAAGAACUAUGGCGUACCUAACCUUUCUACAAGCUACUUCCAUGUUGCUGCUGGGCUUGUGCUUAAUCAGCGAACUUGCCUCGAUGAAGACUUGAACCCCCGUUACAACGCUGGAGGCCCAGCACCGCCACCACCUCCACCACCACCAGCACCUCCAGCACCAACUCCAGCUCCAGCACCAGCCCCUACUCCUGGUUGCAUGUACAACUGCGGAUCAUAAGCAUUAAUUUACUAAAGCAUCUUAUAAUGAGUAACUGAAUAAGGAAAAAUUCAAUAAACAUAUUUUGUU